AAAUUCCCAGAGACGUCUUUGUAUACGUCACAGAGUCACUCUCUCUACUCUCAAAAACCCAGAUCUACUACUAAUCUCAGAUCCACCAAAAUGAGAGAGUGCAUCUCCAUCCACAUCGGCCAAGCCGGAAUCCAAGUCGGCAACGCCUGCUGGGAGCUUUACUGCCUCGAGCACGGUAUCCAGCCUGAUGGCCAAAUGCCGAGUGACAAGACCGUCGGCGGCGGAGACGACGCCUUCAACACUUUCUUCAGCGAGACCGGCGCCGGAAAGCACGUCCCACGCGCCGUCUUCUUGGAUCUGGAGCCCACCGUCAUCGACGAGGUGAGGACCGGGACCUACCGUCAGCUCUUCCACCCGGAGCAGCUCAUCAGCGGCAAGGAGGACGCCGCCAACAACUUCGCCAGAGGCCACUACACCAUUGGCAAGGAGAUAGUGGAUCUGUGCUUGGACCGGAUCAGGAAGCUGGCGGACAACUGCACUGGGCUUCAAGGCUUUCUGGUGUUCCAUGCCGUCGGAGGCGGGACUGGAUCUGGGCUUGGGUCUCUGCUCCUUGAGAGGCUCUCUGUAGACUACGGGAAGAAAUCCAAGCUUGGAUUCACUGUCUACCCGUCUCCUCAGGUGUCGACCUCUGUUGUGGAGCCUUACAACAGUGUCUUGUCCACUCACUCGCUCCUGGAGCACACUGAUGUGGCUGUGCUUCUGGACAAUGAGGCCAUCUAUGAUAUCUGCCGUAAGUCGCUCGACAUUGAGAGGCCUACCUACACCAACCUCAACAGGCUUGUUUCUCAGGUUAUCUCCUCACUCACUGCUUCACUGCGUUUUGAUGGAGCACUCAAUGUGGAUGUGACUGAAUUCCAGACCAAUCUGGUGCCAUACCCUAGAAUCCAUUUCAUGCUUUCAUCCUACGCACCGGUGAUCUCUGCUGAGAAGGCCUACCAUGAGCAACUCUCUGUGGCUGAAAUCACCAACAGCGCCUUUGAGCCAGCGUCUAUGAUGGCCAAAUGCGAUCCUAGGCAUGGGAAGUACAUGGCUUGCUGUUUGAUGUACAGAGGAGAUGUGGUGCCAAAGGAUGUGAAUGCGGCUGUGGCCACCAUCAAGACCAAGAGGACCAUUCAGUUUGUGGAUUGGUGCCCAACUGGGUUCAAGUGUGGUAUCAACUACCAGCCUCCUACUGUUGUCCCUGGUGGUGACUUGGCCAAGGUUCAGAGGGCCGUGUGCAUGAUUUCCAACUCCACAAGUGUUGCUGAGGUGUUCUCGAGGAUUGAUAUCAAGUUUGAUCUGAUGUAUGCUAAGCGUGCAUUUGUCCACUGGUAUGUCGGUGAGGGUAUGGAGGAGGGUGAGUUCUCGGAGGCUAGGGAGGACUUGGCUGCUCUUGAGAAGGAUUAUGAAGAGGUUGGGUUGGAGUCAGCUGAAGGUGAAGAUGGUGAGGAUGAUGAGUACUAGAUAUUAGCUAUCAGAAAUUUAGAGUCUGCAUAUCUCCAA